AUGAAUUCACAUCACUUUGAAUCCUUCAGUGUUCGUUUCAUUGGAAAAAAUUAUUCUUCUUGGGAGUUUCAAUUUCAGUUGUUUGUCACCGGCAAAGAACUAUGGGGCCAUAUAGAUGGAAGCGAUCCUGCUCCUACUGAUGCAACAAAGCUAGGUGAAUGGAAGAUUAAAGAUGCUCGGGUGAUGACAUGGAUUCUAGGGUCAAUUGACCCUCUUAUUGUUCUUAAUCUCAGGCCGUACAAGACAGCUAAGGCCAUGUGGGAUUACUUACAAAAGGUUUACAACCAAGAUAAUAGUGCAAGACGCUUUCAGUUGGAGUAUGAAAUUGCUAAUUACUCUCAAGGAGGUCUUUCUGUUCAGGAUUAUUUUUCUGGAUUUCAAAACUUAUGGGCUGAAUUUACAGAUAUUGUCUAUGCCAAAAUACCUACUGAAUCCCUAUCAGUGAUUCAGGCAGUUCAUGAGCAAAGCAAGCGAGACCAAUUUUUGAUGAAAUUACGCUCCGACUUUGAGAGUGUUCGCUCUAACUUGAUGAAUCGUGACCCGUCUCCCUCUUUGGAUGUUUGCUUUAGGGAAUUACUUCGUGAAGAGCAACGUCUUGUCACACAAUAUGCUUUUAAGAAAGAAAAUGAUGUCACUGUUGCAUUUGCUGCUCAAGGUAAAGGAAAGGGCAGGGAUAUGAGUAGAACUCAAUGCUACAGUUGCAAGGAAUAUGGUCAUAUUGCUAGCAAUUGUAGCAAGAAGUUCUGUAAUUAUUGUAAACAACAAGGACACAUUAUCAAAGAGUGUCCCACGCGCCCUCAAAAUCGUAGGAUCAAUGCUUUUCAAGCUAGGAUAAAUGGUUCCACUGAUGAUAACUCAUCUUCAGGACAAGUUCUUACUCCUGAAAUGGUACAACAAAUGAUCGUGUCAGCCUUUUCAGCAUUGGGAUUACAAGGAUCAGGUGUCGGGGACGAUAAUCGCGAAGGGGCCUAAAGUUGGACGAUUGUU